AAAAUUGCACGUUGGUUCAGCUUUGGUCAAUUUACUUUUCAGACAAAUUGUCGUCAACAAUUUGUCGAAUGCUAUUGAAAGUGGUUAAAACACAGUGUCACGAGUUAUAGUUCUGUUUGAUGUUAACUUCUAUGUACAUUUGUUUAAGGUAAAUCGUUUAUAAAAGUUAUUAACUAGACAAAAAAAGACUUCGUUUUACUUUUCAAAUAAGUUGUUUAAAUAACAUCUUUAAAUCAGAACGAGUAUUAUAAUUUAUCGAUAAUUGUGGCGUACGAUAUCUAAAAACAACAAUAAUGGGAAAUUAUGUUACCAAGUAUUUUUUCCAUAAUAAUGAGUCGGAAAAAGAGGAAACAAAUGUACAGUGUUCUAUAGAUGAAAUAAGCAAACAGGUAGACAUUAUGUACACAUCACCUAUAUGUCGUACAACAUUAUCUAUGGAUCCUAGAUCAAUAACAAUUGGUAUAGAUAGAACACCAAUAGAGGUACAUUCUACACCAAUUGGAUUGAAUAAAAGAACCAUUUCAGCAGUUCCAAAACAUUUGCAUACAAAGCCAUAUUUAGAAACUGAUAUGGAUAAAGUAAUACCAUUAACACCAAAUAAAUGUGUGCCAAGGAUAGUAGAAAGUAAAACAAUUCAGUUUUUGGAUGGGGAAAAUAAAAAUACAGACAGUCCAGUAACGCCAACAGUCAAUAAUCUAAAUGUUAUAAAAAGAAUGACAUCAAUAGAAAAAGAACGUUAUGAUAUUUUGGGGCUAGAUCCUAGAUCUCCAGCUGCAAAUUUUGAUAGAACACCAAUAUUACCACCCAAAUCUAUACAACGUUUAAAAGCAAGAUCUCAAGAAUGUUUGCACAGGCAGGGUAGUUAUGAGACAGAUGUAUUAUAUCCAAGAUUGUCAUAUUGUGAAAUGUUGUCGCAAUUUAAUAUCCCUGAAAUACAAGCAUUGCCUGAUUUAACUGCUGAGAGGAUAGAAGCUUUAAAUUUUCACAAUAGUGAUGACAGCUACAAAUCAAAUGACUCCAACUCGUCGUAUUCUACCGUUUCGUCUAAAAACAAGACUAGCUUUGAAAUUGAAAACCAAAUGAAAAGUGAAGAAACAACUUCAAACCAGAACAUUGAUAAUGUUGAACAACCAAAGGAGAUUAACAUUGUCAAUAAUGAUGCAAUUAAAAUAUGGAGAGACUCAUUAGUAUCCAGCGUGCUCGGGAAAUCGGAAAUAAAAAUAGCAACAGAUGAAAAGAAAAAUGGAAAUGAAUGCACAAAAAUUCGACCUCCUCUUGGAAAUCGUUCGAACAAUGGACGAACGCAAGUUUCGAUAAACUCUCCGCAGACGUUUAAAAAUAAAAAUAUAAUGCCCAAAAUGCAAGAAAAUACACCUCCGCAUAAAAGAUGCGUUGCAAGAGCUAAAUUAAACGGAAUGCAAUGGGAUCCAGAUUCGUCAGUUAUUAUUUAAUUAAUUUUUUAGGAACAUUAAUUUAUUAUAAGAAGUAUUCGAAUAUUCUGCCUCGUAGGUAUUUUAUAAUUUUCUAGAUAAUUGUAAAAAAAAAAAAGAAGAAUUGUAAGUAUAAACGUAAAAUAUUAGACUGUUGCAAUUUAUUUAGAAUGAAAUAAAUGAUUUUUAUAGCAAUAUGUUCUAUUGUUUAU